CCUGAUCUUCAGCCUACGGUCAUUCCUGACCUACGCUGACACGGAAAUGGAAAGGAGUAGGCGUCGACCUCGCUCUCGCUCAACCGUGCCGCCAUCUGGUUGUAGCAAAGCUCGAGGCCUGCAAGCACUUGCUGCCGACGAUGGUUCACCGACGCGGACCAAGAGCCGUUGUCCAGGCCCUCCACCAGCACGUCACAGCAACCCCCUCAAUUCUGGUUAUGCUCCACCGAGAGCAAGACCACCACAGUACAAGAAGGAGAACAUGGACUACCAAACAUACUUUUAUGCUAGGCCAAGAGGCGAACCUAAAGAAGAAAAACCGAGGUCUGAAUUCUGCAGAUAUACUGGGAUAAAUCUUUUACAGUGGCAGCGGUGGCCUCUUCUUGGUCUUCAUGUUAUAAGUGAUCUUCUGAUUGUACCCUUCUCUGCUAGUAUUGGGCUUCUGUCUGCAUUUAUCCUCUGUCCAACUAAGAAGAUCAGAUCAAGCGCCAUCAUGGCACUGUCAUUGCGGAGUGCUGAGGACGCAAGCCCUGCCACGACACCGUACGAGCUGAGCUUCUUCAACCAGUGGUAGUCGCUGGAGCAGUACACAGAGGAGCAUAUUUCCAUGGCGCAUUCAUUAAGGGGAGAAAUAGAUGAGACCCUGAUGCAGCAGCAAUGGAGUAGUAAAGAUGGAGAUGGCCAGUAGGUAGCCAUGGUUUCGACUACUUCCUCCGCCCUCGCUGCCAUGCGAUGGAGGCGAGUUCACCAUGGCGCAGCUAUGGCAGCAGCGGCCUUCUUCUAGGUCUCCAUGCUCUAGCUUAUUGUGUUCUAUGGCCUCCUCACUGGCAGACUUGUAUGCGAGAAGGUCAAUCCGGGCAGUGCCAGCAGGCGUUCCGAAGCGAGAUGAUGGUGACGAGGCUGCUCAAACGCAUGGACACGAGCUGGAUGAGAAGUUUCCAGUGAUCAAGUCCUCUCCCGCGGCGGUGUUGUCCAGGAGCGCAAUCACUAAAGAAGGAGCAAUCAAGUCGCUCAACUAGAGGUGCAUCUU